GCCCCAUCUAACGCGCACAGUAAGUCGGCCCGCAAAAAGAAAAAGAAAAACGCGCUCGCGUUGACGCGCUGUGCAUCGCUUUGAACCGUGCAGCAAACGACUGGAUGACUCGCUGGAACGUUGAGUCGAAACUUUGGCCUCACUAGAAAUUGUAUGCUAUGUGGGCACCCAGGAAUCUGGGGUUGAUUGACUAACGGAUGGUCUUCGUAUCGUGCAACGACGCCAUCCCAAGAAAAAGGCACCAAGCAGGCAACUUCCACCCUCAUCCGAGCGGCACAGUGCUCUCCCAGGGCCUAGGCUGGCAGCCUGGAGCGCCGUCGCUCAGCCGCUCGACUUCCCCGGGCGCUACUCCACAAACAGCGCCAGGGGACCAACAUCGCAACCCCACUCCAUUCCCUGGUGACCGGGCCGCCCCCUGCUAGAACGGGGAGCGAACCUGUGUUUGUUUAGCCCUCGCUUCCGUUCCAGCACACCUACAACUCGGGACGAGAAUCACAUUCUUUCAUGGGAAAGCCUUUCUAGUCAUAACCGGCCCGCGUCCUGUCUGACCCAUCCUGCUCGAACAACCACAGAGCCAGCGCCCGUACUUUUUGGCCGCACCUGUCUCCUUGGCAAGCCGCAGUACCUGCUAGGCAUACCACCUGUCGACUACUAGACUUGCAUCUCCCAGCGCCAUGGCUUCACUCAAGAGGAAAGGGGGCAGUCUGGCCGGCGCUGACACAAAAAAGGCCAAGAACGCCAGCAUCACGUCCUUCUUUGGGGCGCCGAAAGCCGGUGCCGGUAACGCGGGCGCGGGCGCCGGAGGGCCCUCUGCCUCCGCUGCGCCCCAGCCCGCCGGCCCCAAGUUCGACAAGCGGAAGUGGGCCGAGAAGCUCACCGACGAGCAGAAGGAACUCCUCAAACUGGAGAUUGACACCCUGCAUGAGAGCUGGUUUUCUCUCCUGAAAGAUGACCUCGUGUCCAAGGAGUUUCUCGAUCUCAAGAGGUUUCUGAACCGCGAGGCCGCCGCCAACAAGACCAUUUUCCCGCCCAAGCAAGAUAUAUACUCAUGGUCCCGACACACCCCGUUCCACAACGUCAAAGUUGUCAUUCUAGGCCAGGACCCAUACCACAACGUCAACCAGGCUCACGGCCUGGCCUUCUCUGUGCGGCCACCGACCAAGGCGCCGCCCUCCCUAAGAAACAUGUACAUCUGCCUCAAGAACGACUACCCGUCUUUCAACUCGCCGCCGACGGGCGGCGGCCUGCUCACACCCUGGGCUCAGCGUGGAGUGCUGAUGCUCAACACAUGCCUGACGGUGCGCGCGCACGAGGCCAACUCGCACGCCAACCACGGCUGGGAGCGCUUCACGCAGCGCGUCAUUGAUCUGAUAGCGACCCGGCGCUCCCGCGGCGUCGUCUUCAUGGCCUGGGGCUCGCCUGCCGCCAAGCGAGUGUUCAAGGUCGAUGGAUCGCGGCACCUGGUGCUCAAGGCGGUCCACCCUAGCCCGAUGAGCGCGGCGCGGGGCUAUUUCGAGUGCGGCCACUACAAGCUCGCCAACGAGUGGCUUGUCAAGCGCUACGGCGAGGCUGCCGAGAUCGACUGGGCCCUGGUCCCCGGCAACACGACCUUGGAGGCAAAGCCCGCUGCCGCCGAGGCAGAGGCCAAUGUCGAUGAGGACGCCGAGGAGGCGGAGAGGGAACUGGAAAGCAAGGCUGAUGCCGCCAAGGGGAAUCUGAAUGAAGAAACCAAAGGAGACGAGGAAAACAAAGACCCCGCAAAGGCUUGAUGUCACGCAGAUUGGUUCCGGCCUUGAUGAUAUGCGAGGGAGACGGAAUUCGGCGCAAUCCUGUUGGGUCAUAGGUUCCGUCACCCGAUCAUCCAGCCGGGUCUCGACGGAGCUAUCCGAUGAUGGGCGGGGUAGACGAAAAAGAACAUGACAUCGGCGAAGGAGAGCAACAGCAAUGAGACUCCACAGUGUACGAAUAAAGGCCCAGGUAUAAUGUCUGGUAGUGUGGCUCCAUGGAGAGCUAGGGAAUUAUUUAUCGAACGAUGUCGCGACUGCGUAGGCAGUCUCGCAACCAGAUUGACUGGCUCUCGUUGUCAAAAGGCAGCACCUGGUCGCCUGUCGGGCGGCGGCCGACGAAGGGGGCGACGUGGGCUUCCACGGACCCGGCCUAGCAGCAUCAGUCCUGGUCACAGAGUCCUUAACAUUCAUGCUUUUAGUUUCAGCACGUCAGCCGUACAGGGAACGCCUGCCCAGCUGCCACCGCCUUGAACCCGAGAAGCGUAAGUCUGGGGCUAUGGCGUGGCGACAAUUCUGGUCGCGUAACGCCCGGACUUCCGAACGCUAUCCGUUCAGGCGGCGGCGGAAGGGGAAACAAAACAUAAUAAAAAAAUGGAACGGAACAAAUGGCCGGCGUGUGGCUUCGUCGAUGGCAGGAUGACGUCGGACGAACGCAACUAGACCAAGAACUACUGAAAACAAAACAUCCUUGAUCUUUUUUUUUUACCCCCAUCCCCUUGGCGGCCGAGCUCCGAGGUGAAGUAGCGCAUGAAGGCGCUGGAACCGCUACACUGAUUCAUUCGCACUUUCCAGGCUCGCCGUCGACCAUGAAAAGAGAAAAACGCCCAGAAACACGGAUGGCUGGCCCCGAUUGUCUCUUGUCCUUCUUGGCGCCCGGUCUCCCGGGGGAGGGCAACAAAGUCAGGCACGCACGCAUGCAUUGACUGGGCGAUUGGGAAGCAGGGGGGGCCGACCAGGGGGUCCCUGAUGUGUGAUGGGCGUGAUAUGGGAUUUUGACAGCACAGCAGCGGGUCUCGAGGCGGAGGAGGCUUCUUCUUCGCUGGCAAGAUGCUCUUUUUCUGGCUGCUGGCGCAAAGCUAGGGCUGGCUUCUGAUCCAAUCAGCGGGGACAAGGAGGGAGGAAACACUAGACCCUCUCGGCUGGGUGUUCCCAAUGUCCAAUGACGGGCUGGGGGCGCGCGCCCGCCGCCG